AUGACACUUUUUACAAUCCUCUGGGUUGGAUUACGCGAUGCACUUCAAGUAAUAGAUGAUGAGCAACGCAGUCGUUUUUUAUCUUUGAUUACUCCAUCCCCAAAAACAUUUCGAAGUGAACCAAAGGAUGCUUUUCAAGAACCAGGAAAACAGACAGUGGUACGUUUCGUACCUCUUACUUGGGGUGGAGUCUUCGAGUCAGAUUGGAAGUUUUCUAACGAAUCUGAAAAACCUGUUGACGGAGCCCCCAAGUACAGAUUUCUUCGUCAACAAGGACUACGGCCUACCCGAAAAUUUCCAGAUACUCUGAUAAUUGGUGUCAAAAAGGGCGGAACUCGAGCACUUUUGGAGUUCAUACGUCUGCAUCCUGAUGUCAGAGCUGCUGGAUCUGAAGUUCAUUUCUUUGAUCGAUUUUAUUCAAAAGGCCUACAGUGGUACAGACAUCACAUGCCACCCACAUUGGAAGGGCAGGUGACUAUGGAAAAAACUCCCAGCUAUUUUGUCACCCGAGAAGUACCUCAACGGGUACAUCAAAUGAAUCCUGCCACAAAACUCUUGGUUGUUGUUCGUGAUCCAGUUACUCGAGCCAUAUCUGACUAUACUCAAGCUGCAAGCAAAAAACCAGGAAUGCGUCGAUUUGAAGAAUUGGCUUUUCUAAAUGGAAGUAGCGGAUCAGGGUUAGUUGACACAUCCUGGGGUCCUGUCAAAAUAGGUGUUUAUGCAAGACAUUUGGAACGCUGGCUGCAAUGCUUUUCACUGAAUCAGCUUCUCUUCGACUUUCUUGGCCUCAAAAGAGUUGUGACUGAAAAGCACUUCUAUUUUAAUUCCACCAAGGGCUUUCCCUGUUUGAUGAAAUCAGAAGGUCAUCCAAGUCCCCAUUGUCUGGGCAAGACAAAGGGAAGGAAUCAUCCACAUAUUGAUCCGGUAGCCGUUCAACGGCUGCGAGAGUUCUAUCGUCCAUUCAAUGCUCGUUUCUAUCAGUUAACUGGAAUAAACUUUGGAUGGCCAUAAAUUUGCUAAAGAAAGAAACCAUCUCAAGCAACAAUAUAAACACCCAUUAAAACAUUUUCCAGAGAAGGAAAUAAUCAAAGAAUGCAGGGUUUACAUUUCUGCAUUAACUUCCCAAAGACACUUUUCCUCCCCACUCUCUUGAUGUUACCAUCUAAUCACUGAGAACCAUACUUCUAGCAAUAAACAAAUGUGAUGUGUAAUAUUUAGCACAUAUUUUUUAUGAUUUUUAUAAAUAAUUUAUAAUAUUCCAGCUCAAUUCACAUUUUUUUUUAAAUUUAAAAUAAUGUGUAAGAGUACAAACACAAUAUUUUUGUUAAGUUUUUUUUUUAAAGAUCUAAUAUUGAAACUUGUGCUAAGGAGAUUACUUGUCAGAGACACUAGUCAUUAUAUUAUUGUUGAAAACUUACCCUUAUGAUAUUUGAAGAUAUAUUUUAUUCAUAUUUUUGAGCUUGUAUGGGACUGAAUUCUUCUAUUGUACUGUUACGUCAUGAAGGCAAAGGGGACAAACAGAAAUGUGGCAGUUGAACAGCAGAACUGUGUUCUUAUAGACACUGUAAAAAUAAUUAUUUUUAUGUCGUGAAUGUACAAUUUUAACACCAUGGUGCAUGCAACUGCCGAAAGAUAUAACUCAAAAGAGCAGGGCCUAUUUUUACUUUAUUUGCCACAUUUUCUAAAUUGUUUGAUUUUAUCUUCCUGUGUUUGCAUCCUUAAGGGUGAAAUAAGCAAAUAAUAGUGGCCCUUGAAUUAUUUAGAUGGGAACUGGAGAAAAGUAGGAAUGUUAGAAUCUUACACUUUUGAAAACACAGCACAUUCUUCGCUGUGUUAGAAUUAGCCAUGAAGUUUUUCAGUCUCAAACUGUGAAGUGAUAUUGUAAAUGUGCAUAAAUAAACCAAAUAGUGUGACAUCUCUUAUCACUACUCUCUUAGAAAAAAAUAUUGGCUUGUAGUUUGAUUUGCUGUGAUAUUAAGUUAUUGUAUUCAAAGCCAAAGAAAUAUUGUAUUUGGUGAAAUUGUUUCUCAGUACUUAUUGCUAAUAUAUAAAUUGCAAAAUAUAUGAUGUAUGCUUUUAAACAUUUUGUUUAAUAUAGGUUGUGUCGUUCAUCAAAAUCAAUUGCAGAGUUUGGAAAAGCAUUUUCAUAUAAGUAGAGUUUGUCAUGCAUUCAUAAGAGGAAACGUCUUCCAUAUUAGUAAUUGCAACAUGGCAAAAUGUGUAGUUAGUAAUUUUAUAAUUGCCAGAGAUCCUAUCCCUUGUUUUGUUGAGUUUUGAUGUUCCUCCUACCACUUUGUUGGAAAUAACGCUAUGUGCAUAAGCUUCAUUGCUACAGAAUACCCUAUAACUUAUAUAAAAUCACUCAUUUGAAAGAACUGUUAAAUAUUUGUAAGUAAGUUAUAUCUUGAUCAUUCUUUAGUGUGGUCUGUUGUCAUGUAAUCACACAUAUUAACAAGCCUAACUAAAAAGGUAGUAUUAAAAAACAAUCACACUAAUGUUAUUAUAUAUUUUUUAUUAUUUCCUGAAUUUUGUAAUCUUGAAAUUACAGUAAAUAUCAGAAUAAUAAAAUUAUUUCUUGUAUUGUUCACUUCUCUUAAUACUGUGAAUUUUUUAAACAAAACAUAAUUUAAGUAUCAUCUUAGAGAACCUUACAAAUUUAAAUUUAAGUAGGUGAAGUAAAAUAAUCCACAUAAGUUCAACAGAGGUUUUUAAUUUCAUUGCAUAAUUUCCAAAUUAAGAAAAUCUGAUUUCAGAUAUCGUUAUCCUUAAUGACUAAUUACUAAUACAAAUUGUGAAUGUGUAAACACUUGAGUGUAGUGUUUGUGUAUUAAUGUUAUUUUCCUUGAAAAUACCACUCUUCUAUAUAUAAAUAAGUUACUUAAACAUGCUACUUCAUGUUCCUUUGUAUGCAAAUGUGUGUAUGGAUUUUUUCAAAGCCAAACUUGUUUGCACAUUGUACAAAAUAUUAAUAACGAUACCCUCUGAAAGAAUAAUAAUCAAUCUUAAGUUUACAAAAAAUUAUUAGACAGUUUUGUCUAGAAUUCAUAUUACAAGUGUUAAAUUUAAUAAACAUGAACAAUCAGCUGAAAUGAAUGAGUGUUUUGUGUGCCUUUGGUAAUUUCAACUUCUUUUGACUUUAAGUUUCUGUAUAUUCUCAAAUACAUAUCCAACAUUCCGUGUGUAUGCUCUUUGCUCAUGUGAUGUACAAAUAUAAAAAAGGGAACAUUUGAUAUAUAUGUAUAUGUUACUGUGGAUGUGAACUCAAGUUAUAUGUUUAAAACUGCAAAUUUUUAGUGUUGUAAGACUGUUCUCUCAGUGCCAAUUGUUAAGUGUAACAAUGAAAUUUUGCCGUGCGAUAUUAUAAGAAAAUUUUUAUCAAACAAAUUCAGUUUUGGGGUCUGCAAUUUAAUAAGACUCACUGGUAAAAGAACCUGCCUUUACUGAAUCUGUAAUGAACUUGAUAGAUAACAUUGAUAUGCAUAAUGCUGGUUUUUCUCCAAAAAAUGUCUUUCAAAUUAAAUCAUCCUAAUUUAAAAAAUGCAACUGCUUUUCUCCAUCACAUGCCAGUUUUCACAGUUACAAUUUUUAUGUGUUAAUCUUUUUGGAUGCAACACAUAUGAAGUUCAGUCAAAAGUGUUAUAUUUGGCAGCAAUAAUAUCAUGGUAGCACAUAAUAUUGUUUUUGCUUUUGAGUUGAUUUCUGUUGUGUAUACAAUUAUUUUUCAGUUAGUGAGCAGUUAUUAUUUCUGAAUAGAAGCUAUAUUAGAUGUGAUUCUUUUCAAGGAAUAUGCCUUUUAGAAAGUUAAAAAAUAGCACGAACAUAUUUUGUCAUAUUUGUGUGAAUUUUGUAGUUAGAAAAAGAAAGCAUAACAAAUUUUAUUAAAAGGUAUACCAUGCCUUUUGGACUAGAAAACAUGGAAGCAAAACGAGAACCUCAUGCCAGAAACAAAUAAUAUACUUCAUCUUAGAAUUGUGAACUCAAAAAAUUGUUGAUACCUCCUAUAAAUGUUAUUAAUUUGUUAGCAAUAAAAAACAAUAAAUAGCAGUUCGUUUACUGCAAAUAGGUUUUCUAUAACUUGUGAACAAAUAUGUCUAGUUUUUUGUAUGUUACAACUCAAGAUCUUUCAAUUAUUUAUAGUUAAAACAUUUGAAGAGAUUCUUCUUCCAUAUGUCACCUACAGUUUUUACUGUUCUUUGACUGAAUAAAUCAAUUUUGAAAAACAAGCAUGGGUGGGUUUUUAGAAAAUCAUUAAAAACUUACUAAGGAAGCACAAGGCUCCAGAUUUUGAAAAAACUGGAAAAAUAUAUGUAUGUUAAACUACUUUUCCCACACUCUCAUUUGAAAAUUAUCCCCUCCCCCUCACACACACACACACACAAAUAAACAAACACAAGUCUUAG